UUUUUUUUUUUUCAGUAUGGAGUUACUUAUUUAAUAUGGCUUGUGAAAGAUUUUUGUCCCCUAACACUCUCCACCUUCUGACCCUACAGGCUUCCUGUUCCUGAUGAGUCUGAAAAGGAUUUUUGCAAAGGCUGUGAAAACAAAUUAUCUUUUCUUUUUCUAUUGCAUUUAUCUUAGCACAGAUUAAUUUGAUUUUGUUUGUGUAUAACUUUGUGGCUCCUGUUACUGUGCUGUUUAAUCUUUCUAAGGUUUUAAUCAAUUGAAAAGACUAAACAAAAACAAAGUCCCUGCCUUGUAUACACGCAGUUAAGUCUGCAAGGAACUCCUUUCAAUUUCCUUUGUAAAAAAACUUCCUCAUUUUUCUGUUCCACCCUCCUAAGUUAAACAUAAUUGAUUUUCCCGUGCUCUCUUAAUUACAGCCAACACAUGGAAACAAAUCAACACAGCUUUGCAGAGCUGUGCAUGUAGCAAACUAAAACCCGUGUUUAGUUUAGUUUCGAUAGCACUGAUGUGUGUUUGCUUACACACAACAAAAGCUCUUCUGUGUUCCGGAGGUGCUGUGUGCACUUGGAUUUGGACCUACAAAGGACACCCGUGGCCUGCUGGAGCUCACAGCACUGAGGUUUAAUCGCUGCCAGUCAUUGCUCUUACGGUCAAAACUGGAACCUCAUCUGCUUUUGUUGUGCUCAAGGAGUUAAUUGAUACCGGGCACCAUUUUUGCUUUCGACAUGGAAAACCCAGAAUUCCUGGGGAGUGUGGAAUACUGUUGCUCAGAAAGGAAAUAAACAGACUUUCACCAUCCAACCUGUCCAAUAAACUGCAUGCCAGCAGCUAAUACAGUAACUUUCAUUUCUAGAUCUUAUUUUUAAGAAAGGUUUUAGCUCCCCUUUCAUGCAAAAAUGCCUUCGAUUACCCUGUCAAACCUGUAUCGCGGCAAUGAACACCAACCUCCAGUAAUGGACAUACUGGCAGGCAAACGCCCCGGGUCAGCCCGCAAAGUCAAGUGCUGGAACUUUCCCCCUUUCCCCACCUACUUUACCGAGGAAGCGCCAACACCGCCUCCCGUUCAGGUGACGAAGGCGGAACCUCACGGACAACCCCUCCCCCCUCCCCCGCCGCCAUUUUACGCCGCCAGCCGCGCUCGGCGGCCGGAGCACCCCGGGGCCGGCCUGUGCUGCCCGAGAGCCUCGGCCCGCGGGGCCCUGCGCCGGUGGCGGCUCCGGCCGGGCGGAACCGGAGCGCCCGGGCGGGGAACGGCGGGGCCGCACCGACGGCGCUCGUCACGUGACCGGCGCUGCGGCUGGGCUUGGGGCACGGGCUCUUUCUCUGCUCCCCGUUCCCGCUCCCAGUCCGAACGCAGGCCUGUUCCCAUCCCGUUACACGGGGGCUCGGCCCCGCCCCGCGCCCGUAGCACCGGCCAUGACCGAAAGCACCGGACACAGCGGCGCGCGCGGCCCCGCCCCUUCCUGCAGCGCCCGCCCAAUGGGCGCGCGGGCCGCGGUUUAAAUGGCGGGGGCGGGCGCGGGCCCGGCUCGUUGGUGCCGCCAUGGGCAGCGCUGAGGGUGCAGGUAGGGCCGGGCCCCGGGUCCUGCGCUGGGGCGGGUCCCGCUCCCGGAGCGGCGGCCGGCCUGGCGCCCGCAGAGCCAGGGGGGCGAGCCGGAGAGCUUCCCUCUGCCUCAUCGCCCCCCCGCUGCUCGCAUCGCCGGCACAAUUUUAUUCAGCUCAUUUUUUAUUAAUUUAUAAAGCUCAUCCUUUCAGCUCAUGUUUAUUCAUUUAUAAAGCUGUCGUUUUCUUAUGUUACGGCUUUUUAAGCUCUUUGCCGUAACCUCCCCCUUCCCUUCUUUUGUCUUUGUUCCUUUCCUGGCGACACUUUUAACUUAAUAAAGCUACAGAUAAACAGCAAUUCAAGUGUUCCAAGACAUCAGCCUGAAAUGUAGGAGAUGAUUGGGUUGAUGUUGCCAAUGAUCUUUUAAGGACCUGUCACAUAAACCAGCGCAUAAAACAUCUCUCAGAAUGUGGUGCUGACCUGUUUGUUCAUCUUUAUGAGUCAAUCUUAGGAGAAAAAGUACCAGCAGUGUUAACACUGAAGUCUGCUGUCAUAAAAUGCUUGAUACUUCGAGUCUGCUAAGAGAUUUCAUUGCUACUCCCAGAAGCCAAGAGGAUGAUGCACAUAAUGUACAAGCAGUUAUAGAUUCCCUGGCAUUGGAUUAUUUGCAGGUCAGCUUGUCUCACAUCACGGGUGAGAACAUUGUGAAAGGAGACAAGGAAUCUGUCAAAAACCUCCUUGAAAUAUUUGAUGGUUUGUUGGAGUAUCUUAGAGAAGUCAGUGAAACAUCUUCUCAGACCGGAGCUGAGAUAAAUGUGCUGCCCAGUGAUGAAAUUCAAAUUGCAUCUCAAGAGCAGCUGGAAAGCACUGCUGAUCAACUUACAGAACAUACACUACUCUCAUCAGUUGAAAGGUCCCAGUCAGAAUAUUUUAUUCCAAUUUGUGAUACAGAUGGCUCAGGAUCUACCAGUGAAUUAAUUAAACUUGGAGAUACUGCUUAUUCAUUUUCCAAGAGAGGGGAAGCAGAAAAGGACACGGAGGUAGAAGAAUCUGAAAGCACAGAGGCUCUUGCAGCAUUGCCCAGACAGUUCUCAGAAAGUGAAAGGGGGACUGUAAAUGAAAGGGAAGAUGGAGGGAUGGAGUCUGUUCAUGCUGCUGAACCCCACAAAGGGAGUUUGAGUGUCAGUGCUACAAAACUGGGGGAGCCAAUCCAGCAGGCAAUUCCUCUGCUGCCCCCGUUCCAGCCCUCGGAUCCAGGAUGGAGAGAUUACCACAGCUCAGACAGACAGGCAGCAGCCCUGGCUUGCAGUCAAGCAGUGAACCUUCCUACUAUUGAAAAGUCACUUACCCAGAAAUUUCAUGAUGUUUCUGAUGGUCUUCCUGUAUCCAGAAAAAUCCCUGUAGUAGGCACAGUGCCAUUAACUCACACUUGCCUGUCAUCUGCUUCUGCAGUGGGAGAAAUGCUGGGAGAUGAUGCCAAGGACAAUGUGACAAAGGUGCCUCUGGUAUCUGAGUCUUCUAUAUCCACCUCUUUUGAGGAAAAGCUCUCACUACGUGCUCAACAAGUAACACAAACCCCAAGACCCGAAUCUCAGCACUGGCCUAGAACAACAAGCAAAUACGAAAAUUCCACCACAGAUUCAGUUGAAGAUUCACUUCCCCACAGAACAACAAAGGAGAAGGUGCCUGAGCAGCAAGAGUUUCAUGAAGCAUCAGAAAAUCUGUCUCGCAGGCUAAACGAACUAGAUUUAAUGUUGAAGAGAGCUUUGGGUGAGCACACGAGAGAAGAGGAGCUGACAGAUGAGGACAGCCUGUCCCACCACAGUGACAGUGUCAUGGACUAUGGCCGAAGGACAGCUGGGAGAGACACAUCACGUGCGAGGUACCCAGGCAGGCCACGAUCCCUCUCUCCAGCCUCACCCUCAUCUCAGCACCAGGAACAUAAACUGAGUGGCAGCGGAGCACGCCAGAUAAAGACAAUCCGCAGCCACCUGCAGGACGAAAGGGACCAAAGAACAAGAAAAACAAAGCUGGUCACUAAAGCUUAUGAAAAUGAGCUAAGAAUUUUUGAAGCGAGGGAGAAGCGAAGAAUUUCCAAGCUCAGAGAAGCUGCCAAGGAAAUGGAACAAGACUACAAAGAAAAUGCCUUUCAAGAACCUCCAAAAGUGUCUCAGCGAGUGAAAGUUUAUUCUAGAAAAACCACACCUCAGUAUCCCAAAUCCAGGCAAUGGAUUCCAAAGCGAGGGAUCAUGAAGCCAAAGCAAGCAGCUCCAAUGACAAUAAGAGACAAUGACCUCCUCUUGCAGCUCCUGGAGGAAUUUCCCCACCUGCACAUUUCCCCCCGUACUCUGAAUAAAAUGUGGCAGCAGCAGCUUGCACAAACUGUGUACCUCAAGGCACCUGCUGCCAGACCUAGACCAAAACUCCAGAAUGAAGUUGAACAAGCCUUGAAGAAACAUGAGCUGCUUGCUGCAAUUAUCAAGAGAGAUCAAGAUCACAGCAAGAGACUGCAAGAAAUCAAGCAGCGCAUCCACCGGCAGAAGUGGGCUCAGAACAAGGUGACCGAGAGGCGGCAGCAGGUGGCGCGGGCCAGGAAAUACUACGAGGAUUACAGGGUGCAGCUCCGGGCCAAGCUGCUGCGGGCCAGGACACGCGAGGAGAAGAUAUUUAAAAACUUAUUUGAAGAAGGCUUAGAAAUUCAGAAGCAAAGACUGAGGGACCUGAGAGUUUACGCUCGAGAGAAGCGCGAUGAGCAACGGAGAGAGCACCAGAUUGAGCUGGAGUCUCUGGAGAACUACUACAAAGAUCAGUUUUCCAUGCUAGCAGAAGCUAUAUCUCAAGAAUUCCAAGAAAUCCAAACCAGAGAGAAAGCACAAGCACAAAUGCUACAAAAAUCAAAAAAUGAAGUGAGAUCAAAGAUGGAAAAGGAAAUACAGCAACUGCAGGCAGCAAUCAUGCACAAUGAUGAUGACACCUUUUUUCAAGAACUAGAAGCAGACAGACUGAGAUCCAGACUUCAGAUGGCUUCCUUCCAGUACAGCCAAAGCCACUUCUUCUAAGGCUUGGGAUGAUGGUGUAGCUUUGCUGAGUUGUGAGAGGAGUCUGUUCAUCUGUUCACCAGUGCUGAGAUAAAGUCCUUGCCAAGCCAUGCCAGUACCUGGAGCCAGAAGUAAAACCUGCUGUGUUUGACUAGAACAUUCAG